UAAAUCACAACAAUUUGUCAACUCCCUUAUGGAUUAAAUUAAAUACUUAAUCAAUCCCAGAAUAGCAUAACCUUAGAUUGGAUUCCGUCCACACCAGCCUUGUAUAUAUAAAUACCUCCUAAAACCAGAAAUUCUAAAGAAAUAAAUACACUAACAACCAAACAUCUUUAUAUAAUCCACCUGUGCCCAACAAAUUGUUGCCAUACACAGACAAAAUGGAGAGGCUGACAGGAGAAGAAACAGGAAUAAACCCAUUCCAAGAAUAUGCAAUUACCACUACUGCUGAUUUCGGGUUAAUAGAUUUCAUGGAUAGUGAAACCAAUUUGGAUCAGUUCAUUGAUCUCAUCCGGGGAGAUAAUGCAGCUGAUGACCCUAUUGCCAACUUCACCUCUCAGCCCUUGGAUCGUGAUCAGUUCAGCUGUUUGGCUAAUGUCGACCAGCUUUUCCCGCCAGCACAUGAUCAGUUGUUUGAUGAUCUUGAUGUUGCAAUAAACCAUGUUGUGAACAUUAGUACUCCUCCUGAUUGCAGUGCGUUGGAUCAGGUGGAGAAAAGGGACGAUGAUGAGGAUCAUGAUGUUGUUGAUGAGGAGGAGGAAUCCUCUGCAACGACUGCUAACACGUCGGUGGAGAAGCAGAGGAAGAGUAGUAAGACUGAUCGAUCAAGAACGUUAAUUUCGGAGCGGAGGAGGAGGGGAAGAAUGAAGGAAAAGCUCUAUGCUUUGCGCUCUUUGGUGCCUAAUAUCACCAAGAUGGACAAAGCUUCCAUUGUCGGGGACGCGGUGUUGUAUGUGCAAGACUUGCAAAUGCAGGCCAAGAAGCUGAAAUCUGAGAUUGCAGGCCUUGAGUCAUCAAUAUUGACAAGAGGAAAUAUCACCAAGUAUCAAGAUAGAACCACUCACAAUUCCAAGAAAUUGAAGCCCACAAGCUUCUAUCCCAGUACAGUACUACUCAAGAAGAUUUCCAAGAUGGAUGUAUUUCAAGUAGAGGAAGGAGGGUUCUACGUGCGAGUUGUGUGUGACAAAGGGAAAGGUGUUGCUGUGGCUCUUUACAAGGCGCUUCAGUCCCUUAAAAGCUUUAGAGUUCAAAACUCUAAUUUGGCUACUUGUGCUGAAAAUUAUGUGUUCACCUUCAAUCUCAUGCAGAUUACAGAAGUUGAAGUGGAUGUGAACUUGCAGAGUCUGAAGAUGUGGGUUGCAAGCGUUUUUCGUAAUCAAGGGUUUGAUUUUGAUACGUCGCCAUCUACUUAACUUUAGGUCCUUGUUAGGGUUUAGAUCCGCAAA